UACUUUCCAUAAAGCAUGGUUCAAAGGUUGACGUAUAGACGACGUUUGUGCUACAACACACCGUCAAACAGAUGUAAAUCUAAAACUCCUGGUGGGCGAUUAGUUUAUUUGUAUCCAGGAAAACCAGGCAAGGUUCCAAGAUGUGGUGAUUGUCAUUUGAGGCUCAGAGGUAUAACUUAUGCUCGUCCAAGAGAGUUGUCUGCUUUAUCUAAGCGACAUAAAACUGUAACUAGAACUUACGGUGGAUCUCGGUGUGGCAAGUGUGUCAGAAGCAGGAUCAUUCGUGCAUUCCUCAUUGAAGAACAGAAAAUAGUAGCAAAAGUUCUUAAAGCACAGCAGAUCACCUCAAAAGGUGCAAAAUAAUGUGUAUGGUCUGUAAAAUAAAUAUAUAACUGAAUGUA